CACUACCAUUGCCCCGAGGUUUUCCAGCAUGCUCUCUGACGGGGAAUACAAAUACCACCAGGCCACCUGAGGUCUCCUGAGGUCUCUCAAGUCCUGCGUGCCCCUUCAUCCGUUUCCCGUCUCUCAUCACCCACCAUUCAAUCCCAUCUCACACUCUGAAUCCCCCCCAAACCCUAAUACAACCAACCCAAGACUCCUCCUCCUCCUCCACCACCACCAACAUGUCAGCCAACGCUACUGUCCUCUACCCUGCCGAGGGCGACUCGACAUUCGACCUCGACUACUACCUCAAGACACAUAUGCCUUUGGUGGCAGAGAAAUGGGGACCAUACGGCUUGAAAAACUGGACUGUGGUCAAGUUCAACCCUGGCCCAGAUGGCUCACAAACAUACACCUAUGGCGCCAUCUUGACCUGGGAUUCAGCUGAGAGCAUCGGCAAGGCUGUGUCGAGUGAGUCGGCCAAGGUGGUUAUGGGCGACGUGGUGAAUUUCAGCAACAAGGCACCUAUCUUUUUGACGGGUGGCAUUGUCGGCCAAUCGUAGAUGGGGUUAUAUGAUGAUGGUAAGGGAUGACAAUACUUGCAUGCCCUGGGGUUGACGAGGAAACCCAACAAAACACCGAGAGAAGUGAACAAAAAUACCCGAGGAACCUGGUUGACGGUGGAGAGAGCUUGGUGACUAAGAUAUAGAGUGAACGAGUGGGUCAAUUUCGAGGGACUCGGUUCGAAAACAUCCAUGUUCCUCCUCCCAUGUCGCUUUUCUUUCCUAGCGCUUAUCCAUUUGUUGUCGUUGCCCAUCCAGCGUAAACUGUGGUCCCUCUUCAAGAAGCCCAUCAUGAACCCGGACCUUUAAGCCGGAUAUCAACCCAAACAGUCCUUCUCAAUUGCUC